UUGUUGUGUGUAUCUUUUCAGAACACAACAGGAAUUGAAAAUGAAUCAGCACGCAGCUGAGCCUGUGGCAACCACGGAGACCCUGGCCGAGGUACCUGAACAUGUGCUUCGAGGACUUCCGGAGGAAGUGAGGCUUUUCCCAUCUGCUGUUGACAAAACUCGGAUUGGUGUCUGGGCCACUAAACCAAUUUUAAAAGGCAAAAAGUUUGGGCCAUUUAUCGGUGACAAGAAAAAAAGAUCUCAGGUUAAGAAUAAUGUAUACAUGUGGGAGGUCUAUUACCCAAAUUUGGGAUGGAUGUGCAUUGAUGCCACCGAUCCAGAGAAGGGGAACUGGCUGCGCUAUGUGAAUUGGGCUUGCUCAGGAGAAGAGCAAAAUUUAUUUCCACUGGAAAUCAACAGGGCCAUUUACUAUAAAACUUUAAAGCCAAUCGCGCCGGGCGAGGAGCUCCUGGUCUGGUACAAUGGGGAAGACAACCCCGAGAUAGCAGCUGCGAUUGAGGAAGAGCGAGCCAGCGCCCGGAGCAAGCGGAGCUCCCCGAAAAGCAGGAAAGGGAAGAAAAAACCCCAAGAAAGUAAAAACAAAGCAAACAAAACCGAAGACGUACAGCUGAAGACAAGUGAGCCAGAUCCCAGCCCUGCAAAUAUGAGAGAUUCUGCGGAAGGCCCCAAAGACGAAGACGAGAAGCCUUCCGCUUCCGCCACCGAGCAACCAGCCGUCCCUCAGGAGAUCGUGAGCCAGGAUGUGCCUCCGGAGUUCGCCCUCCCUCCCCCUGCCCACGAGCCCCAGACAGGACCAGACGCAGAGCAGGAAGCAGCGCUCUGUGAGGCGAAUGAGGUGGUGGUGGAGGAGGAGGAGGAGGAGGAAGAGGAGGAGCUGGAAGAAGAUGGGGACGAAGCAGCUGAUGUGCCAAAUGAAAGUUCCCUGAGAGAGCCGGAGAUCCGGUGUGAUGAGAAGCCUGAGGAUUUGUUAGAAGAACCAAAAACUGUUUCAAAGGAAACUCUUGAAGACUCUGCGGAGGCAGCCCCUGUUGUGAAAACUCCCAGAGCCAGAGAAGAGGCCAACGGGGACGUGUUUGAAACGUUUCUGUUCCCAUGUCAGCACUGCGAGAGGAAGUUCACGACCAAGCAGGGGCUGGAGCGGCACACGCACAUCCACAUGUCCACGGCCAGCCACGCCUUCAAGUGCAAGUACUGCGGGAAGGCCUUCGGCACACAGAUCAACCGGCGGCGCCACGAGCGGCGCCACGAGGCCGGGCUGAAGCGAAAGCUCGAGGACCCGGCCGGCAGCAAGGCGCCCAGCGACGAUGCUCCUCCCCAGGACGACACACAGCCCCCCGGUCUUGGGCAGGAUGGCCUGACCUUGAGUUCAGAGAAGGUGUCCCAGGACUCAGUGACUCCUUCCGUCGUAGAAGAGAAUGGCGAAGCUAAAGAGCUUCACCCGUGCAAGUACUGUAAGAAGGUUUUCGGCACUCACACGAAUAUGAGACGGCAUCAGCGCAGAGUUCACGAGCGGCACCUGAUUCCCAAGGGGGUGCGGCGGAAAGGGGGCCUCCUGGAAGAGCCACAGCCCCCAGCAGAGCAGGCCCCUCCCGCCCCGAGUGUCUAUGUCCCCAGCACAGACCCAGAGGAGGAAGGGGAGGCGGACGAUGUGUACAUCAUGGAUAUUUCCAGCAAUAUCUCUGAGAACCUAAAUUACUACAUUGAUGGUAAAAUUCAGACCAGCAGCAGCACCAGUAACUGUGACGUUAUUGAGAUGGAAUCCAAUUCGGCAGACUUGUACGGAAUAAACUGUCUGCUCACUCCAGUCACAGUGGAAAUAACUCAGAACAUAAAGACCACGCAGGUCCCUAUAACCGAUGAUCUCCCUAAAGAGCCUUCCAGCAGCACAAACAGCGAGUCCAAGAAACGGAGGACUGCUAGUCCGCCUGUGUUACCCAAAAUUAAAGCCGAGACUGAGUCUGAUCCUGCCACACCUUCGUGUUCCUUGAGUCUGCCUCUCAGCAUAUCAACCACAGAGGCGGUGUCUUUCCACAAAGAGAAAAGCGUGUAUUUGUCAUCAAAGCUCAAACAGCUUCUUCAGACCCAGGAUAAAUUAACUCCUCCUGCAGGGAUUUCAGCCGCUGAGAUACCCAAAUUAGGCCCUGUCUGCGUGUCCGCUCCUGCGUCGAUGCUACCUGUGACUUCAAGCAGGUUUAAGAGGCGAACCAGCUCUCCCCCCAGCUCUCCCCAGCACAGCCCUGCCCUGCGAGACUUUGGAAAACCAGGAGAUGGGAAAGCCGUUUGGACUGAGGCAGUUCUAAGCUCCAAAAAACCCAAAUUAGAGAGUCACAGCAACUCACCAGCAUGGAGUUUGUCUGGGAGAGAUGAGAGAGAAACUGGGAGCCCGCCAGGCUUUGAUGAAUAUAAGGUGUCUAACGAAUGGGCAGCUAGCUCUACUUUUAGCAAUGUGUGCAACCAGCAGCCACUGGAUUUGUCCAGUGGUGUGAAACAGAAGGCUGAGGGGCCAGGCAAGGCUCCGGUCCAGUGGGAAGCUGUGUUAGAUCUCAGUGUGCAUAAAAAGCCCUGUGGUGACUCUGAAGGCAAGGAAUUCAAAGAAAACCAUGUGCUGCAGCCAUCCUGCAGUGCUGUGAAGAAAAGGAAACCCACCACCUGCAUGCUGCAGAAGGUCCUUCUCAACGAAUACAACGGUGUCGACCUCCCUGUGGAAAACGCUCCAGAGGCAUCCGGAAGCGCCAGUCCUUGUAAACCUCUAGAUCCUCAGCCAGACCCUGACCUUGGUCUCGACUCCAGCUCGUCUGCCGCUGUUGUCGAGUCUCCUCCUGACGUUGCCUCACUGUCACCUGCCCUGCAACCCCCUUCCCUCUCUUGCGGGCGGCUGCCGCCUCUCUUGACCCCCACCACCCCCUCCUCUCCUCCGCCCUGCCCCCCUGUCUUAACGGUUGCCACUCCGCCCCCUCCGCUGCUUCCUACUGUCGUCCUUCCAGCCCCCUCUGCUGGGGCGUCCCCCCACCCGUGUCCCUCCCCACUCUCGAAUGCCACCGCACAGUCCCCACUUCCAGUUCUCUCCCCGACGGUGUCCCCCUCACCGUCGCCCAUUCCCUCCGUGGAGCCUGUUAUGUCCGGUGCUUCACCGGGGCCUCCAACACUCUCCUCAUCUUCCUCCUCUUCUUCCUCCUCUUCCUUCUCCUCCUCCUCCUCCUCCUCUUCCCCUUCACCGCCUCCUCUCUCAGCAGUGUCAUCCGUGGUUUCCUCUGGGGAUAAUCUGGAAACCUCUCUCCCCAUGAUAUCUUUUAAGCAGGAGGAACUAGAGAGUGAAGACCUGAAAGCCAGGGAGGAAGCCCCAUCCGCCGCUGAGCAGGAGAUCGUCCAGGAGACAUUCAACAGAAACUUUGUCUGCAACGUCUGUGAAUCACCUUUUCUUUCCAUUAAGGAUCUAACCAAACAUUUAUCCAUUCACGCUGAGGAAUGGCCCUUCAAAUGUGAAUUUUGUGUGCAGCUCUUCAAGGUGAAAACUGAUUUGUCAGAACAUCGCUUUAUGCUUCACGGCGUUGGGAAUAUCUUUGUGUGUUCCGUUUGUAAAAAGGAGUUUGCAUUCUUGUGCAAUCUGCAGCAGCACCAGCGAGAUCUCCACCCGGAUACGGUGUGCACGCACCAUGAGUUUGAAAGCGGCACCCUGAGGCCCCAGAACUUUACGGAUCCCAGCAAGGCCCAUGUUGAGCACAUGCAGAGUUUGCCAGAAGACCCUCUAGAAGCGUCUAAAGAAGAAGAGGAGUUGAACGAUUCUUCCGAAGAGCUUUACACGACCAUCAAAAUAAUGGCUUCCGGAAUAAAAACAAAGGAUCCAGAUGUUCGAUUGGGUCUCAACCAACAUUACCCAAGCUUUAAACCACCCCCAUUUCAGUACCAUCACCGCAGCCCCCUGGGCAUUGGUGUGACGGCCACAAACUUCACUACGCACAACAUCCCACAGACAUUUACCACCGCCAUCCGCUGCACCAAGUGCGGGAAAGGCGUGGACAACAUGCCUGAACUGCACAAACACAUCCUGGCAUGUGCCUCUGCGAGUGACAAGAAGAGGUAUACCCCCAAGAAAAACCCGGUCCCUCUGAAGCAGACUGUGCAACCCAAAAAUGGCGUGGUGGUUCUGGACAACUCUGGGAAAAACGCCUUCAGACGAAUGGGCCAGCCCAAAAGACUGAACUUCAGUGUGGAGCUCAGCAAAAUGUCCUCGAAUAAGCUCAAGUUAAAUGCAUUGAAGAAAAAGAACCAGCUCGUCCAGAAAGCAAUCCUACAGAAAAACAAGUCCGCAAAGCAAAAGGCUGACCUGAAAACCACUCCCGAGUCGUCCUCGCACGUCUGCCCAUACUGCCACAGAGAGUUCACGUACAUCGGGAGCCUGAACAAGCAUGCUGCUUUCAGCUGUCCCAAAAAACCUCUUUCUCCUUCCAAAAAAAAACUUUCCCACUCUUCCAAGAAAGGGGGGCACCCGUCACCUGCCGGGAGUGACAGAAACAACAGCAGCAGCCACCGCAGACGGACAGCAGACGCCGAGAUCAAAAUGCAGAGCAUGCAGGCACCUCUGGGCAAGACCAGAGCUCGCAGCUCGGGCCCCUCACAGGUCCCACCACCCGCCUCGUCCUUCAGGUCCAAGCAGAACGUUAAAUUCGCCGCUUCGGUCAAGUCCAAAAAACCAAGCUCCUCUUUAAGGAACUCGAGCCCCAUACGAAUGGCCAAAAUGACUCACAGCGAGAGCAAGAAGCCCAAAGCUGCAGCCAGGAACCAUGCAGCUCCCCUCUCAGGCAAGACGUCGAGGAGCCUGCACGUGCGGGCGCAGAAAAGCAGAGCCGUCUUACAGAGCAAGUCGGCCUUGGCCAGUAAGAAACGGACAGACAGGUUCAGUGUAAAAUCCAGAGAACGGAGUGGGGGGCCGAUCACCCGAAGCCUGCAGCUGGCGGCUUCUGCCGACCCCAGUGAGAACAGGAAGGAGGACGGGAGUGGCAAGCAGGAGCUGAAGGACCUCAGCUACAGUCUCCGCCUGGCAUCCCGAUGUCCUCCGCCAGCCGCCCCGUACAUCACCAGACAGUAUAGGAAUGUCAAGGCCACAGCUGCAGCCCAGCUCCAGGGAUCCCUCUUCAAAGAGUAGGUGCUUUGCCUGCUCCCUGACAGCACCUGAAGUGACCUGGAGUCAGUGAAGCCAAAGGGACUGGCCUUCUGCCCUGCAGGAAGUACCGACCUAUUCCAGAUCCAUGAGCCUGCGAGAGAGGAAUGCGUGUGUAUAUGUGUGUGUGCGUAUGCGUGUGCCUGUGGUCUUCAGACGAGGGUCCUGAACCCCAGGGAAGCUGGAGGGUAGGUCACUUGGCACCGAGGAUGACACUCAGGUGCUGUCCCCGGGCUGUGACCUGCAGCUCAGCCUUCCUGUUGGGAAGGGCCCCUCCUACUAUGCAAUUUUUCAAGAGCUCCUUGAUCCUGCUUUUUGCUUGUCCGGUUGUCUUUUGCCACGGCAGGGACUUGGGUCUGGCCCCAGGGGUCAGCUCCAGUCCUGUCCAAGCAAGGCCUUCAGGAGGAGGCCAAGUUCCCUUUCUGGCCAGCCCUGCUCCUGCCCCAUCUUCCACUGUCCCCCACCACCACCUCCCCCACCCCCGCUUUCCCUCACCCCUAAUGUCUCUGGGAAUCUGUAGCCUGUAGACACUUCGGAGCCUCGCUGAUCACCCCCCUUGGCCCUUGCACUUGGAAGACUUUUCUCUCUGCCUGAGCAAUCUGAGCCGCUGGCUCUUGAGUCAUUUCCAGAUUUGCCAUUCUCAUCUGUCAGCCCUGUGCGUCCAGGAGAAAGUCUUGAUCUCCAUUUAUAGAUCAGACUCCUCCCAUGGGAGAGGCAGAGGACGGGAAGGGAUCUGGUCAGGGCAGGGGGUGAGCUCCUCGUGUACUUCUUUGCCUCAUUUGGUGGGACCAUCAACAUCUGUAGUAUCUGAGCUUCUCAAAUAGGCUGAAAAGGGAAACAAACAGAAACUGGGAAAUGAAAAAUAAGUUGGAUGAUUUAAAAGCUUGGGGGUGGGGGUGGGGGAAGAGAUUUCCGGAGACUGUCCAUCGCCUGCCAGGGAACAAUGGAGCUGGCUUCAUCUCUGAUGGAGCAGUCCAUGUCUCGGAGAAACGGGUGAGCUGAGCUAGGAGUUUGGACCCAGUUCAGUGAGGGUCUUGGGUUUUGUGCCUUUGGGGCAGACCCCAGACAAGGAUGUCUGAGACCACUUUGGCGCUGUCUUCUCAGCCCCAUUUUUGAUGGUGAUGCGCCAGACCCAAAGUGGAAAGAGGGGACCCUUUAGAGUAUGUAGGAAUGGUCAUGCAAAAAAAAAAAAAAAGGGACUUUUUUCAGGGCUAUUAUGGUUGAUCUUGCAACUCUGUAAAUAUGUAUGUAGACACUUUUAAAAGCACGUAUUUAUGUCCCUGACUGUAAAUGCCCCAUUUUUAAAGUUUUAUAACUUGUGUUAUUUAAUGAAUCCGUCGACUGGCUGCAGCAUGGGGUCUGAUAACGGUCCUGGAGGAAAGUUUUGUGAGAGCCUCACGUGGGCAGAAAAGUGCUGAUCGUUGGCUUGUGCCCAUCCUUCUUCCCACCCACCCAGCUACAGACCGUGAUUUGUUUUAAAUUCUCACAAACUGGAAUCCUUUGGCCCGCUCCUAAAAUUAACCCUCAUGAGCAUGAAAAUCUGCGGCCGUUCUUUAUCCUGAUGAUACGAUUUUGUCCCCUCCAUGUUGACACUCGUGAACUGUACCCCAGCCUCUCAGUUCUUGAGGGUUUGUUUUUCCUUUCAGCAGCGAGGAAGGCCCAUGAACCCAAAGCUUGGAAAGUCGCCUUCAGCCAGUGGAAAAUUCUGGAAAAUGUGGUGGGAGGGCUGGGGGGCACUCAUUUUUUUUGCAUGUGCAAACGUGCUGGUCAGCCUGUGACCCUCAGACUAUCAGGAGAACUGUCACUAAUGUUCCAAUCAUGAAAAUGGGGGUGGGUGGGUUGGUCUUUUUGUUUUUUAAAAAGCGGUGUUUCCUGGUCAGUGAUGGUCUUCAAGCGUGGGUUUGGAUUGCAGAAG